AUGGCGUCUCGCGGUCGAAUAAUUGGUAAUACUACUCGGAAAUCAAGAAGUGAUACAUCUGGUGAAAAAGUAGUUGCUCCAAUAAAAAUAAGAAUUAGUGCACGAAAGAAGAAGCGAAAUGAAGAUGAAGAUGACGAUACCAAUCAUGAUAGUGAUCAAGAAUUUGAACAUUUGCUGAAGGAGCAUGAAAAGCAACUUGAUGAAGAGGAAAAAGAGAAGGAAGAACGUAAGGCUAAAUUCUUAUUGCUCUAUGCUUUCUCUCUUUUAAAUAGAGAAAUUCAGACCGAUCAUCAGGAUUAUUGUGAAGUAUGCCAACAAGGUGGUGAAAUUAUUUUAUGUGACACUUGUCCUAAAGCUUACCAUAUGGUGUGCUUGGAUCCUGAUAUGGAGGAGGCACCUGAGGGAAGGUGGUCUUGCCCUAGCUGUGAAUCUGCUGGAAUCCAAUUCAAGGAAGAAGAUGAAGAAAAAAAAGGGACAAUAAAUAUGGAAUAUUGUCGUAUUUGCAAGGAAGGAGAUUAUUUGCUCUAUUGUACUACUUGCCCGAGCUCAUUUCAUGCAUAUUGCAUCAGUCCUCCUCUUACUGAAAUACCUGAGGCUGAAGGUUGGCACUGUCCUCGCUGUGAAGUACAAAUAUGUCAGGAGCCGAAAAAUCGGCCGGAAAAGGUUCUUUCUUGGAGAUGGAUUGAAAUUGAAUAUCCAGCGGCAAUGGCUGAAGAAGAAUUAAAGCCAUUGAAGCCUAUGAAACCUCGUCGAGAGCGGGAACUGUUCGUGAAAUGGAAAUAUAUGAGCUACUGGCAUUGUGAAUGGGUCAACGAAGUUGUACUUGAUGUCCAUUUUCCACAGUAUUUGCGUAUGUAUUGGCGGAAAAUGGAUCCUGAGACACCACCGGAAGUGGAUGAUGGUAGUAAAGAGAAGGAGGCUGAUCCUCAUAAUUUAGAAGAAAGGUUUUAUCGUUACGGUGUAAAACCAGAGUGGAUGCAGGUGCAUCGCAUAAUCAAUCAUGUACAGUAUGGCAAAACUCAGUUUGAUUAUUUGGUCAAAUGGAGAGAAUUAGUAUAUGAACAAGCAACUUGGGAGCGUGAUGAUUUUGAAAUUAUUGGCUAUGAGGAAGCUAUCAAUAAAUAUUGGCUCCACAGGGAGCGAAUGAAUGGGGACGUUAUUCCUAAGCACAUUGGCAAGAAAUUAAAUUUAAAAAAACAAGAUGAUAAUACUAUGGAAGAGGAUGAAGAAAGUAGGAGAAAAAAAAAGAAAGAAAAAGUGGAUUUGCGCAAAAAGUACGAAGUACAACCUGAUUUUAUCACGGAAACUGGUGGUAAAUUACAUGACUAUCAGUUAGAAGGUGUCAAUUGGCUCCGGCAUUGUUGGUCACAGGGAACAGAUGCUAUAUUAGCAGAUGAAAUGGGUCUCGGCAAGACAAUUCAGUCCAUGGUCUUUCUAUAUUCAUUGGUCAAGGAAGGUCAUACAAAAGGACCCUUCUUGGUGGCAGCUCCUUUAUCUACGUUGAUAAAUUGGGAACGAGAAGCUGAAUUUUGGUGUCCUGAUUUUUAUGUUGUGACUUAUGUUGGUGAUAAAGACAGCCGUACCGUCAUUAGAGAACAUGAAUUUUCUUUCAUCGAAGGAGCAGUCCGUGGAGGUCCGAAAGUAACGAGGAUGAAAACUGAUCAAGGAAUCAAAUUUCAUGUGCUUUUAACCUCUUAUGAACUCAUCAAUAUUGACAAAACCAUAUUAUCUUCGAUUGAUUGGGCAGGUCUUGUUGUUGAUGAAGCCCAUCGUCUUAAAAAUAAUCAGUCAUUGUUCUUUCGAACUUUGCGUGACUUUCGAAUUCAUUAUCGUUUAUUAUUAACUGGGACACCAUUGCAGAAUAAUUUAGAAGAGUUGUUUCAUUUGCUCAACUUUUUAUCUCCAGAUAGAUUUUAUGAUAUGGAUUCAUUUACCCAUGAAUUUGCUGAGAUAUCGAAAGAGGAUCAAAUUCAAAAACUACAUUCACUUCUUGGGCCCCAUAUGCUUAGGCGAUUAAAAUCGGAUGUCUUAUCUGGGAUGCCUUCUAAAAGUGAAUUAAUUGUUCGCGUUGAACUUUCGCCAAUGCAGAAGAAAUACUACAAAAACAUAUUAACUAGAAAUUUCGAAGCCUUGAACCCCAAAGGCGGUGGUACUCAAGUCUCAUUGCUCAAUAUUAUUAUGGAUCUCAAAAAAUGUUGUAAUCAUCCAUAUCUAUUUCCAAAAGCGAGUAUUGAAGCACCAAAGCAUAAAAAUGGGAUGUAUGAAGGAACUGCUUUAGUGAAAGCAUCAGGAAAAUUCAUCCUUUUGCAAAAAAUGCUGCGAAAAUUGAAAACCCAGGGUCAUCGAGUGUUAAUUUUUUCUCAGAUGACAAAGAUGUUAGAUGUUCUAGAAGAUUUUUGUGAAAAUGAGGGUUAUAAAUAUGAGCGAAUUGAUGGUUCAAUUACUGGUCAAGCACGACAGGAUGCUAUUGAUCGUUUUAAUGCACCAAAUGCUCAACAGUUUGUUUUUUUGCUUUCAACAAGAGCAGGAGGAUUAGGUAUAAAUCUCGCCACUGCCGACACUGUUAUUAUCUACGAUUCUGAUUGGAAUCCUCAUAAUGAUAUACAAGCCUUCAGUAGAGCACAUCGAAUUGGUCAACAAAGGAAAGUAUUAAUUUAUCGAUUUGUAACUAGGAAUUCAGUAGAAGAACGAAUUACUUCAGUGGCUAAAAAAAAAAUGCUAUUAACUCAUUUGGUAGUUCGUGCUGGAAUCGGCCAAAAAGGGCCGUCAAUGAGCAAAAGCGAGUUAGAUGAUGUACUUCGUUGGGGAACGGAGGAACUCUUCAAGGAGGAUGAAGCAUCAACAGAAACUGCGGAUGGAGAAAAAAAAGCAAAUGAACAAGAAAUUAUAUGGGAUGAUGAAGCGGUUGAUGCCUUGCUAGAUCGUGCCAGUGGUGAAGCGAAAAGUGAAGGUGAUGGUGAAAAGAAGGAACAUUGGACAAAUGAAUAUUUAUCAUCAUUUAAAGUAGCCCAGUACACUACUCGAGAAGCUGAUGAAGAAGAACCUGAUGAAGAGGAUGAUACAGAAGUUAUCAAAGAAGCUGCUCAAGAAGCUGACCCCGAUUAUUGGGAGAAACUACUGCGACAUCAUUAUGAACAAGAACAGGAAACUCAAGCUCAAAAAUUGGGAAAAGGGAAGCGUGUGAGAAAACAAGUCAAUUAUGCAUCGGAGAAUAUGCAACAGGACUGGCAGCAAAUGCAGUCGAAUAACGACGAUUUUUCGUCAUCAUACAGUGGUGAAAGUGGUCGUUCUGAUGGCGAAGAUAAAAAGAAGCGUCAUCGUGAUCGUAAUGACGAAAAGUUGCCGCCUUUGCUUGCACGUGUUAAUGGACAGCUUGAGGUACUUGGUUUUAAUCCGAGACAAAGGAGAGCAUUCUAUAAUGCGGUUAUGCGAUGGGGUAUGCCUCCUCAAGAUGCGUAUCAAUCUCAAUGGCUUGUGCGAGAUCUUAAGGGAAAGUCAGAACGCGCUUUCAAGGCAUAUACAUCAUUAUUUAUGCGUCAUCUUUGUGAGCCGGGUGCCGAUUCUCAAGAAUCUUUCAAUGAUGGAGUUCCCCGUGAAGGGUUAAAUAGACAACAUGUUCUCACUCGAAUCGGAAUCAUGUCGCUUAUUCGUAAAAAAGUUCAAGAAUUUGAAACAAGCAAUGGUGAAUGGUCGAUGCCUGAAAUACGAGACCGUGUUACACAAACUUCCAGCCGUUCAGCAACUCCAGCGACAACAAAGGACAUCACUCCAACACCAGAAUACGUUGGCCGAGUUUCUACUGAGAAUAUUCAUGAAAAGUCUGCAAACGAAGAAUUGGUGUCGAAGAAGUCUAGAUAUCCGCGACCACCAUUUAAAUUUAAUAUAGCAGAUGGUGGAUUCACUGAAUUACAUACAUUAUGGUUGAAUGAGGAAAAAGCUGCUGUUCCUGGUAAUGAAUAUGAAAUAUGGCACAGGAGACAUGAUUAUUGGCUUCUCGCUGGCAUUGUCAGUUAUGGCUAUGGUCGAUAUCAAGAUAUGCAGAAUGAUCCAAGGUUUUCCAUUAUCAAUGAACCAUUCCGUACGGAACAAGGAAAAGGAAAUUUCCUUGAAAUUAAGAAUAAAUUUCUUCAGCGUCGAUACAAGUUGCUGGAACAAGCACUCGUAAUCGAAGAGCAGCUUCGUCGUGCGGCAUACCUAAAUUUGACUCAGUCAAACGGUGAUGGAACACAACAGCUUAAUGAACGAUUUGCAGACAUAGAAUGCCUCGCAGAAAGUCAUCAGCAUCUUGCGAGAGAUAGCAUGCAAGGCAAUAAAAAUGCAAGCGCCGUACUUCAUAAGGUUUUGAACCAGUUGGAAGAAUUACUCUCAGAUAUGAAGUCAGAUGUUUCUAGAUUACCUGCUACUCUGGCUAAACUUAGGCCCGUCACUGAAAGAUUAGGCAUGAAUGAAAGAUCCAUAUUGAGUCGAUUGACAACUCGUGACACGGAAGCAGCUUCUGGACAGAGUCCACUUCCGCCUCCUGGACCGUUUGUAACACCAACUCUUGGCCAGCAAUUAUCGGGCAUUCAACCUAAAUUUGCGGCUUUAACCAAAAGUUCUGUUGCUGAAGCUGCUGCUGCUAAGCAGAAAGAGGAAAUGAAAGAGGAAACUACUGCCACAGCUAUAGCGGAAGGCGAUAUUCCUAUGGUAAUAUCAUGCGAAACGACUGGUGAAGGCCCAUAA